ACAUUUUUUAACCAAUUGUAGUGUACAUCAACAUGGUAUCUAAAUGUUCCAACUGAAGAACAAGAACACUUCUAUGUGAUCUGCAUGUCCAAUCAAAACUAACCAACACAGAUGAAAUUUGGAAUAUUGCGUACUUAUGAUUAACUGCCAUGAACUAUGUACAGAUGGUGGAAACUGGUAACUGGAAGAAAUGGGAGAAACUGUCCUGCAAAUGAUUAAAAAAAAAUUCAAUAUGCAAGAAUCCCUGAUCUUCAGUGGAACUUGCAUUUGUGACCUGGACAGUCAGAUAUUUUCACCAUGUCUUUUUAGAUGCACUGUAUAGUCAACUUUAGGCCGUAUUGUUCACCUGAGAAAGAUCUACAUGGAGAUAAAGAUGUAAUUUCAACACAAAUGUCAUAAACUGCUAUUUUCGGUGUAAAAAAAAAAAACAACAAAAAAAACCCAGAACACCAACAGGAAACAUCACAGACGGAUAAAACGAUAAAUAUGUAGAGUCACUGCCGUCUUCAGACUUCCUUUGAAACGUAGGUGACAACACUCUCCACCACCAUACACAGUCUUCCGCUCACAGGAAAAAAAACUUUUCUUCCCUGAGAGGGUAUUGAAACAUCAACCGGAACACCAAUUGUGCCUGAAACAAUAGCCUUUAAAAAGAAGACUACAUGGAGUUUCCAGAAUGUUAUUACCCAGACCUUAACCUCACCUGCAACGAUUACAGUGAGAAUGAACAUUUUCUCAAGGCCAGCAAAAUCUUUCUGCCCUGUAUGUAUGCAUUAGCUUUUGCCUUUGGGCUGAUAGGAAAUUCUUUGGUCGUUAUCAUAUACAUUUUCUGUGAGAAACUGAAGACACUGACAGAUGUAUUUUUAGUGAGCUUGGCUACAGCAGACUUGCUUUUCCUUUCCACCUUGCCAUUCUGGGCAUAUUCUGCUGCUCACGAGUGGAUUUUUGGAUCCUUAAUGUGUAAAAUUAUACGGGGCCUGUACACUUUGAAUCUGUACACUUCAAUGUUAACGCUCACUUGUAUAACUAUUGACAGGUUUAUUGCUAUUGCCCAAGCCACAAAAGCCCACAUGUGUCAAGCCAAAAGAAUGGUUUGGGGGAAACUCAUCUGCAUUUUAGUUUGGGUGGUUUCACUAGCAUUUGCAAUACCACAAUUUAAAUACAGUACACAACUGAACUACGAUAAGUCAGUCUGUCAAUCAAUAUACCCUUCACAACUCAUAGAAUUGGCUUUUACAGUAUUCCAAAUGACCCUUGGAUUCUUUAUCCCCAUGGUAACCAUGAUUAUCUGCUACUCAAUAAUUAUCAAAACUUUACUUCAUGCCAGGAGUUUCCAAAAGCACAAAUCCUUAAAAAUCAUAUUUUCCAUAGUAGUGGUGUUCAUUCUUACUCAGUUACCCUACAAUUUACUGAUACUCAUACGCAAUAUACAUGUGGAAUUCAACCUGGACUACAAUUUCGACUCUGCAGUGGUCAUAACAGAAGCAAUUGCUUAUCUCCAUGGCUGUCUCAACCCUGUUCUGUAUUUCUUUAUUGGGGUGAAGUUCAGGAAGAACUUCCAGAAAAUCAUUAAGAACAUCACAUGUGUUAAGCGUCAAGGUAUCAUGAAGCCAUGGCAAACCACUGAAGAGGAUGGCUCGAAAACUUGUACCGCCUCACCCAAUGUAGAAGCAACAAGCAUGUAUCCAUUAUAAAAACUGCAUAGAGGGUACCAGCUUUGUUAAUUUUAAAAUGUACUCACCGUCAUGAAAGGGCUUAUGUAACAGCCUCAUUAGACUGAUAUAGUACAAGCAGGCUACGUGUAAGCUUCCCAACACAUUUAAUGCAUCCCAGUCCUGACAUUGUAGCACUCCUGCUAUUCCUGAGCAAAGACUGGUAACUGGGUGAAACUCUGCAGUAGUUUUAUGAUGGGCAUACAUAAAGGUUUAAGGAUGAGAUCAUCAAACUCUUUCAUGUGUGAUUUAAGGCUGGGUUUGAACUCAGGGUUGCAGUGAUGGAAAGCUAGUGUAUCAGCCCUCUGGACAAGUUAGUCUCCCAGGAGGGAUGUUUGUAAGCAGAAAAGACAUUUAAGAGCUUUGUUUUAAAAAGUCUAAGAGAAAAGUUGUAGUUUGUUGUGACUUUUAACUUGACUUUUUAUAUUAAAAAUGCAAUUUGUUUAAAUGCUCAAUCUUCCCAUUGUAGUUUCAUGUGAUUCUUUUUUUGUUUUUGUCUGUUUUCCCUUUCUUUGAUCCCUCCGAGUCCCUCUCUGCCUUCAAAGACAGAGUGAGAUUUCUGUGGUCACAGCACAAAAUUAAUCUGUCUUCAAACAAAUAUCAAGUCUUUCUAACAAAAAAACUCAAAGCAUAAAACACCUGAUUCUGUCACACACAACAGUACACAUCACCUCAUAACAGUGCUGGUGUAGCCAGUUUGGCUGGUCCCACUUCCUACAUAAAAAUAUUGGAUUCCACAGACUGGAUCAGACUCAUGAUCCAUUUAGUUGAGUAUCAUGUCUCCAACAGUGGCGGGGUUCCAGAGGAAGGCCCAAUAAACCCUACAGUAGGCAGAUGUGGGAUAAUCUGUCCCCAUGAAGGUCUCCUCCUAAUAUACACUCUGAAGCAUGAGGUUUUAAACCCUUCCAGUACUCUUUUAGCAUUAACUGUUGUAACUUAGACAGUCUUGCGAUCCAUAUAAACAUCUGGUCCUUCC